UCUUCGUCCACGUCGACUUCUAAUGCGUCAUCGGCAUCAUCCAGUAACAUUGACACUUCCAGCACUCCAGUUGUCAGAUUCCGAUUGCGGCAAAAGACCCGAAUCACUCCGAUACCAGCUCCUCCGAUUUCAUCAACCACAACCAAUUCUCUUUCUGUAACUGAUAGCGCUAUCGCUACAGAACAUGAAUCAGCCUUCAUCCCGACUGUUGGCUCUUUUUCGCAUUUUGAUGAUAUGGGAUGAAUAUCCCUUUGUUUGGGGCAUGAUUGCUGUGGCGUCACUGUCCCUGACAAGACAAAGUUCUAAGAUCUUUUCAGUUUUUUGAUGCCACUGCAUCACCCUACAUUGGUUUGUUGAGAUUUGUCAUGGAGACAGCAAUGCACAGGAAUGGCUUGGGAUCGCUGCUUCCCUUUCCUUUGACUCCAGUAUCAAGACAAACUGGGACUCGGCUGGUCCUCCCAUUGAGCAGUUCAGCAGGACCAUUGAAGAAGCGCGGUCUUCGAGCAAAUGAUGUUGCAACCAGAGCUUUGAAAGAUAUGCGGCCCACUCUUUUGCUUUUCCUUCAGAAAUUAGAAUGUGUCCAGGCUAUUGACAGCAGCAGCGGAAAAACUCGAACCAUGACAAAGGAAGUGCUUGAAAGCGAUGUCGGCGGGUCCUGCCAGGAAAUCAAGCUGAAAUCCGAGGAGUCUUCCAACGUACAGGAAGUGACAGAAGAGCGGUGGUUGGUCUACACCGAACCAGUGCAACUUGAAAGUGAAGCAGUCACAGAGCUGCGCCUUGGCAAUUCGGUGGACGAGCUCACGUUGUGGAUAGGUGAACUCGAGAUCUCUGUGAGACGUCGGAGUAGCACCUCAGGAGACGGAUUCACCUCUGAGAUAUCCCUUGCUGGCCCUCGGGCCGCUGCCGCAGGUUCUGCUGCAGCCAGGGAACGAGUUGAAUCCUCACCUACCGGUUCCAGUGCCUGGAGUGUUGUUGGCGGUUCCCGCCAGUGGUCAGCUGAGUGGAAAAAGGCCCUACUCGAGGCAUCCACUGCAGCUGAGAUCUUAGCUGUUGAUCUGCAGUGCGUGGAACACCUGCAGCGCCAUCUCUCUGCAGAGGUGGGAGCUUGGACUGUGCGAGCCCGGUUGGGGCGAGCCUUGCGAGCUGGGUUGGCUGCCAAGAACAAGUUGGAGGGUGUUGGAACGUUUGAACGUUCACCUGACAUUGGGGUGAGCAACAGGAUCUACGUGGUGCUGAGAGGGGCUCCUGGUGUUGAGCCGUGCAUUUGUCACAGUGCCCGCAGAAGCUUACGUGUUGGGAGCUCAGGCGCUAUGGCCGCUGGAGCGGGAGGACUAGCUCAGGCCGACAUCGAGGCCCGUGUGGUGGAAGCACGGGCGAAGGGGCUGCUUCCAGCCCUGCAUUUCUCCGCCACGGCAGUCGAUGGCACAGUUUUGUGGAAGGCACAGGCGUAUGUGGUCAGGUACAGGGCCGGGGGCUUUAUGGUUCUGGUGCCGGGAGAUGCGGAGGUGGCGGACUUCUUCGAGAUGGCCGGUCCCUUCGACUUUUAUGCCCACCACCAGACUUCAGUCCAGAUGGAGAAUGCCCGAGGCCGAGCAUUAGGGACCGUGGAUGCAGUUUUGGUAGAUUGCCCUUGGUCCGCCCUGCAGUUUUUCAAAAGAGCUUCAAGUUUGCGUGGCGAGGCCGCUUUGUUCCGUCUGAAGUUCGUGCACGACGGGGUGACAUGCCGUCCCUCCAGGGAAGGAGCGCUCUUCGCUGCGGAGGCCUGGAUUGCAGAGACCAUGGACGAGGAGGCUGCUGGCGAAUACAUGUCUUGCGAAGAGGCCAUCGUAGUGGAAGCAGAGGCCGCCACGGCAGCCGAUCCGGGACAGGUGCAUUCGGUGGAGCAGCUUCAAGCUCAUAUUCAAGACCUCGAGGUGCAGCUGGCUUCAUUGGCGCAGCAGCGAGCCGCCCCGGCGAUUCAUCCACCUUCCCAGCCUGCCCACGGCCUGCUGGGAGCGAUGCCCAAAGCUGCAGGCGUACCAGCUCAAACCAUGGAGCGCCUCCGCAGUUUAGCAGGCGCGGGACCGCCGCGUCUUGGUGGCCACGAGAGGCGCGAUCGCGCCUUGGGGCUCACACCAAACGAGGGAGAUGCAUUCGAGACUUUCCAGCAGGAGCAGGAGUUGGGGGCGACCGAUGGCGACGAGCUGGCGCAGCUGACAGUGGAUGCCUUCCCCGAUCCUAUGCAGAAGUUGUUGUUUCUACAGAUGCAACAGGUGACCCUGUUGCAAAAGCAAGUGGCGGCCCGACAGCCCCAGGAUGCCAUCCACGCCUUCCUGAAGAUCAGCGACAAUCUGGUGUCGAUAGCUCAGGUCGUAGAGAACAACGCCCUCAUGGAGCUGGGGUUGAAUGUGGGGUAUCUGAUGGCGUCAGCUUACGAGACGGGCCAGCGCACAGGAAACAGGGAGGUGGCCGGUUUUGGAGCCAAAGGCCUGAUCUUUGUGGAGCAGACAGCUUUGGACGAAGGCAAGACAAGCCUUUCCUGGCUGUUGACAGGGUUGCCCGAACCCAACUUCUCUCAGGUUCAGAUGCCCCGAGCGCGCAGCUCGCUCAAACCAUUCAGCCGGCUAUGCAAUCCCUCUUGGGUUGCAGCCAAUGUGGGCUAUCUUCGGGAUUUGGACUUCCUGGAAAGCAAGAUUCGACAUACGGACAAGGAUGCCACGGUCCCCGCAGCAAAAGCGCAGGUCGAUGCACCGGUGCCCAAAAAGCCGUGGCCCAAGAAGAAGAACAAAGGAAAAGAAGGCGGCGGCGGAACCGCCGAGUCGGCCGAGGUUUUGGCGAGUUUUGCCGUAGGAGCUUGCAACCUUCCCGUCACCAAGACGGUUCCAAUGCUGGAACCGAUCUAUGGCCUUGUCCUCCUCCCAGAUGGUAUUGGACGGCCUCCCAGCGUCUAUCCCCAAAGAGACGACGGCGCAAGUUUGAUCGAUCACUUUGUGAGAGCCCCGGACGUCGACGUUGACGAACUUGGUCGGGCGGCGGAAAAGCUGGCUAAUUUGUGCAAGACGUCCUUUGAGCUGAGUGCACCUGAGACUUUGCCAUCGCGCGUUCCGUUGGCCACCACAGUCACAAAGGAGAUCUUGGCUGAACGUAUUAAGUGGAAGUUGGGUCCCUCAUUUGAUCCCCUGCCUUUUUUGAGUGAUCCUGUUGUUCACAGUGCGUUUUUGCGGCCUGAUGUGCUCCGGCUUCCAGAGUGUGACUGGCCACGGAUGACAAGGGCUCAGGUGCAUUGUAAGCGCUCAGAGCUCCUGCAGUUGGCGCAGAAGUGGGAUGCAUUAGGAGCGUGCCGACUGGUGACAUGUGAUAGCAUUCGGCGUGAUGAAGCCGUCGGGAUGUUUGCAGUUAGUAAGGAUCAACAAUUUGACAGGCUGAUUGUGAACCCCACUGUUAUCAACAGUCGGCAGCUUUCCUAUACCAACUUCACCAAGACUCUGGCACCCGGAGCCCUGAUUUGCCUGCUGCGGCUUGAAGCUCAUGAGAACCUGGUUAUUUCUUCAGAUGAUUUGUGUGAGUUUUACUACACUUUCAAAGUUUCUGAAGAUAGGGCCGCACGCAAUGCUAUUGGGAUGGUUUUCGAUAGUUCCGAAGUUUGUCAUCUUAACUGUUUUGAUCCCAAGUUUGCUGGGCAGAAGUUAUACAUCUGUUUGGGCACGUUGGCAAUGGGCGAUGGGCUUGCAGUUGAGAUUGCGCAGCAGAGCCACUUCAACUUGUUGCGUCAGUUAGCUGGCUGUCUGUUGGAGCAUGAAAUCAUAGCCUACAGGCAACCCAUCCCACGUGGGCCCUUCUAUGAACUGUUGACUAUUGAUGAUCACAUUGGUCUUCAAAAGGUAUCCAAACUGAUUCCCCUGAGCGACCAACAGACGCGGGACAAAGAGGUCUUUGCGAACUCGGACAUGGCUUACCAGCAGGUGGGUCUUACAUCCCAUCCGGGCAAAAGACAGCGGCAGGCUGCUAGUGCAACAGUUUUGGGUGCUGAAGUUGACGGGGUUUUGGGGCGCGUUUCCGCUCCUCGGAGUCGAGUUGCUAUGCUGAUGUUUGUGACGGCCAUCGUGGUUCAAAAGCAACGGACCACUCGGCGCAUUUUGCAAAGCAUCAUUGGCACCUGGGUUCACGUGUUACUUUUUCGCAGAGUGGGGUUUUCCGUUUUGGAAUCUGUUUUUCAUGAAGGGGUUGACAUACACAUGGAUGAGCCGUUUACUUUGUCGCGACAGAGCAUCAACGAGCUGAUCAACCUCAUGAUAUUGGGGCCACUGUUUCAGACUGAUUUGCGUACCAGUAUCUGUCCUGAAGUGUUCAUGAUGGAUGCUUCGCCGAGUGGCGGUGCGAUUUGCCGGCAUUUUUUGGGCCAUGUGGCGGUUGAGGAGAUCUGGAGGCACACUGAACAGCGGGGAUAUUACACUCAGCUUCAGUCCGGUGCCAAUCUGGUUUUACAUGAAUUGGGUUUGGAUCACACGGAGACGUUUGGCCAUGUUGAUCCUGACCUAUCUGAGUUUGGAUCCACUGCGGUUUUGAAUUUAUCUGCUGCAGGUGAAGACGUGGAGCGAGCAGCCUACUACUGCAUCGAGUUGUUCGCCGGCCAGGCGAAUUGGAGCCGCUGCCAUGCUGAGGUGGGUCUUCAUGUUCAUCCAGGUGUUGAAAGAAAUGCCCAAGGGGUUCGUUUUGGGGACCUUAGUGAUAAAAAGACCUUUCUUGAGUUGGCCUACUUAGCAGCUGAAGGGAAGGUGAAGGAGUGGCAUGCAGCUCCUCCUUGUUGGUCAUUUGGGACGCUGCGAAGACCCCGUCUCAGGAGCAAAUCUCAACCUGCCGGCUUUGAUAUGCUGGAUGAGCUGACCUGGGAACAGACCAGUAUUUCGGAGUUUGAUCGGCGCUGCAACCCUAGCUGCCGAGCCGUCUACGGCAAAGAGCCUCGAGUGGGUGAAGCACUUAGUUCUUUUUCUGCCGCUUAUCCCAUACCCCUUUGUGAGAAAAUGGCUAUGGGCAGUGUGGCCGCCCAUCGCCGCUUCGCUGCGGAUGAGACUCUGCACCAACGUAAGGUGCGCUUGCUGCAGAGGCCUACUUUGGUAACCAGGGCUUCAGACCGCAGCAUUCUGCGCGCAUGGUUCGAAGAUCCGGACUGGGUGGCAGAUUUGUGCGAGACGUUGCAGUACAAAGAGCUGUUCAGAUACCGCUUCAAGAAAGGUGGCCAUAUCAACGUGCUGGAAUGCAGAGUCUAUAAGUCAUGGUUGAAGCAUAGUGCGAAACGUUGGGGAGGGCAUAGGCUGCUUGGGCUGUUAGACAGCCGUGUCACCAUGGGAGCCGCAGCCAAGGGGCGCAGCAGCAGUAGAGCCUUGUCUCGGGUGCUGCGCAGCGCUUUAGGCUGUGUUCUUGGAGGAGGACUCUAUCCCGGUUGUUUGCAUGUCAGGUCGGCUUGGAACAGAGCUGAUGGCCCAAGUCGUGGGCGCGACAUAGAGCCUCCCACUGCCAAGCCUGCUAGCUGGAUUCUGGCUUUACAAAGGGGUGAGCUACGCCCCUUUGAGUUGAUGCUGGAAACGUCCAAGUGGACCCGACCUGUAGGGCGCUGGGUCAGGUUACUGCUGUUGAUAGCUGGAGAUGUGGAACGAAAUCCAGGGCCUGCUUCUAGGGCCUACCAUCCCCGUGGAGAGCUGGACCUGUUUGGCGGGCUUUCGCGCGCCACCACCCAGCGAAUGCAGAGCUGUUUUUGCCAGUUUAAUGAGUGGCUCCAGCGGGAGCUAGGCAUGUCACAUGAUCAAGCGUUUGAGAGUCCUGAGAUGUGCAACCUGAGUCUCAGGGCCUAUGGGCGCAUGCUAUAUGCAGCUGGACGCCCUCGCUAUCAACUUGUGUACACAAUUACUGCAAUCCAAAGGUUUAGAUCGGAGUUUAGAUCUUUGCUUGGAGGCGCCUGGCAUGUGGACAGGGUUUGGCAGUUGGAACAGCCGGGACAGUGUCAUGCUGUCCUGUCUGCUCCCAUUAUUCGAGCCUUGCUUUGCCUUGGGCUGCUUUGGGGGUGGCAACAUUUUGUUGGUGUUAUCAGCAUUGGCUUUGCAGGGAUGUUACACCCCAACGAGUUCAUACAGAUGGUGCGCCACGAUGUGGUUCUUCUAGAGGAUGCACUUUUGCGUGAGCAGGUGAUGUACAUCCACGUCCGUAAUCCAAAGACAGCCCGCUUUGCCAGGCGGCCACAUGCAAAGAUUGACGACCCCGCAGUGAUUUUGCUGGUGAGAUGUUUCUUUGGCAGCCUUCCUUUGCAAAGCAAGAACUCUGGCGUGGAAACGCCACCGGGCAACUUCAAAGAAAUGAACUCUGGCGUGGAAACGCCACCGGGCAACUUCAAAGAAAUGAAGCUGGCCUUCCGACUGGACAAGCCAGCAGGAGUGGAGCAAGCCUACGCCUGGCUGCCACUGCGAUCCUAUGGCCUUCGCUUUCUGAUCCAAGCGGAUUGGAGGGUCCCAUCCUCCCGGGAAGCCAUUACGGAGGCUGUCUUCAACCAGCGAAUCCGAGACCAAGUCCCAAAUGCAUACGCAGAAGCGGCCAAGAUCUUUGCAGCAGCUGCCUUGAAAGCUGCUGGAUUGGACGCUCCAAACGAGUCAGGAACGGCUUGGAAUCAGCUUGAAGCUGGCAUCGAAGCUGCUCGCAACGUGCUGGUGCCUCUCUAUACCUCGAUACCCCGACCAGGCGAUGCAACAGACUUCUUCCAAGAGACAGAUGUGAAGAUUCUUCGGGCAGUGAUGGAUGUUGCCGUGAUUCUGGUGCGAGUUCCGUGUCCAGGAGUCAAGGAGUCUGGUUCCGAGGGUGGCAGUGAAGACGUGCAUGAUCAGGAGACCGCAUGGCGUUUGGAACUAGUCACACCGCGGCGUGCUGUGCGUGCGGAACUUCCGGAAGGAGUUCCAGCCAGCUUGUCGCACCUGCAGCAGAGCAUCGAGUUGCUGCUAGCACAGGCUGAUCGCUAUGUGGAAGUGGGUGGCAUGCCAGCCCGCGCUGCUGAAGGACUGAGGGUUCCUGUUCUGGACGCUGACAUCGCUUUGGAUUGCCUGCAGGCAAUGGGACGACUGCACAUGCAGAAAGUUGCCAAUGACCAGCUGAACGCCCUGACUGAUGAAGAUAUUGAGGUGCUGCAACUAUUGCUGCUGAUUGUGGCCGUGGCAGCUCUGAAGAAACCACAAUUGGCUGAUGAUGUGCGCUAUCUGCAGAUCAUUCCGACAGAGGGUGGCGAGUUGGUGUCACUGACUGCUGAGGAGGCCAGAGGUUUCAAAGUCUACGACGUGCCACCCGACAUGCUGGGUAUUGAAGCCUUGUUGGGUGCGGGGCAGCGCUUGGAUCCUCGCUUGACUCAAACGGCUCGACCAGAGGUUCGAGAAUUCCUACUGGGACUCGGAGUGGAGCAGGUGGAUGGGCUGGCCUUCUUCACAAAUGUGCUCCUGCCGGUGCUCACCAGUAGCGAGGCGCCCGAAGCAGAGAAGCUGCUCCUAGCAACAAGGCAAUUCAAAGAUUUGCUUGCCAUUUGCGAGGACCAAGAGAAGAAGGAUUCCCUGAUCGAAACGCUCAGGGCGAGCGAUGCAGGGUGGUGGGUUCUGGCUUCUGUUGGCACCUCCGACUGCGAGGCCGUUCAGGUGGGCGGAAAGACUGGGCGGGGGCUUCAUGUGAGCCCACUCCCUGGCAAACUCGCAGAUCAAGUGGGCGUUGACUGGUUAGCUCCGGCAUCCACAUACAAGAACAGUGAGGAGAGUGAGGAGAGUGAGGCGGACUGGAACGCAUUUUGGAUGCUGCUGGGAGCUGCUCCGGUGUUUCAAGUACAAGAGCGGCAAGGAGACUUUCACAGCGACGAAUUGGAGAGGUUGCUUGCUGCUGCAAGCACUCCAGAUCUGGCGAUGGAGGUGGUCGAAGUUUUGGAGCCCCAUGGUGAAUACUAUGCGCAGUGGCUCUUCAAACCUGAUAGCCAAGAUGAGCCAUCUGAAAUUGCCCAGCUCCUGUGCACCAAACCCUGGCUUCCAACCCAGGGAGGAGAAGUUGUACCUAUGAAUCUCGCCUGGCUUCCACCAGAGAAGCCGAAGAGCGUAGAAGCACGGUUCCAUUUCGAUGCGUGCGUAUCUCCCUUUGCACAGGCAUGGCCUGCUUUGGGUGUGGAAUCUUCUCCUUCAGCUGCGACGCUGAUUGCUAUUGUGGAGUGCCUACGGUCCAAGGACAAGCUACGCUUGAAGAUUCCAGAGAUGGCCUCGCUGUACAGCCGAAUGGGCAGUCCUGGCAGGCAGGAUCCGAGUGGAAAUCAAGGCGGUGGCAGCGGUGGCACACUUUUCAACAAAAUCUUUGGCCAGAAAAACCUGGAUAGAUUCAUCGAAGAGGAGCAAUGGGUAUUUAUACCUAAUCACCCAAGGCCCCACAGGGAUUUUACCGGAUGGUUCCACAGUUGUCCGAAGAUGGAGCACACCGGAAAAUUCUAUGGCCUGAAACAGCUGGUCUUCUGCGACAAAGCGGAGUGUCUGGAUGGCUUCGCAGCCAGAGCCAAGGAUGCCAUGAUUGACUUGAUGAGACAGUGCCUCGACAAGCGAGUGGUGGCGAACUAUUACUUUGGCCCAAAGACCUUGUGGCCAGCAAGCUGGAGAGACAAAGGAAUCAAGUCCAAUCUCCAUGAAUUGCUGAGCCGCUACAACAAGUCCAAUCUCCAUGAAUUGCUGAGCCGCUACAACAUCCAGGAGGAGCUGGAUGUGUCAGAUUACGUUCGUGUUUACAAGGCCAUCGAUCAACGGAUUGAGAAGGGCGAGACUUCGGAAGUGCUUGACUUCAUUGGCCAGACCUUCACGAGGAUCGCACUGCGUGUUAAGAAUGAGAUUGAAGAGGAGCUACAUCGUCAGGAAGGUACUGAAGAUCAAGAUGAGAGCGAGGAGGAAUUGACCGUGGAGAAGUCGGAGUCUUUGGAAAUGAUUCGGAAGGAACUCUCUGAUGUGCGCUUCAUUCAAGCUGCAGAUGAGUCUUGGCAGCCUCUGAAGAAGUACCAGUUCAUCGUUUCGAGAAAAGGAGCAGAAAAAGCGAGGAUCAAAGGUUGGCCUUCUGAUGCCCGACGUUUUUUUGCGCGGCCACCACGGGGUGUGAAUCCUGCUGCAAAUCACAGCAUUGUUGAGCUCAUGAAACGCCUCGGAAUGAGAGAGUCGCCCACUUUGCUGAAGCGCGCCUCCUUCGUGCCUCUCCAGGGUGCUGGCAACUUCGACUCUGUGAGAAAGGAGCUGGUAGAAGCAACUCGCGUUAUUCGCGAUGGCAUGUCCGAGAGGCUGAAGGACGAGGACAGGGCUCUUUUUGAAGAGAUCGAAACCGUCGUCCGGGAACUCCAAAUUGAGGAGGUCCAACAGCUCUCAGUCGACCAGGUCUUGGUCAUAGAAAAAGACCGGGCCGCAGAAGCUGAAAUCGACACAUUGGAUGCUGAUGAAGGUGUGCCUCGUUGGUUGCUGGAGUUCAAGCCUACAAGUGGCCGUGCCACGCCCAUCGCCAGGAUCAAGGCCCUCCCUGCGGAAGUCUUUUUCAUUGGCCAAGAGGACAGGAAGUUGGUCCUCACCUUCCAGGGUCAGCUGGUGAUGAAAGAUGUCAGUGAGAAUUUGUCCAAGGCUGUGAUUUGGACUUCGCUACAGAAACUUGCGCCCGAGUAUCAGACGGAGUUUCAGCAGAGCAAAACAGGCUUGACAGACAAAGCCAGAACCUUCAUGAAGCAUCUCCGGGUGGCAAUCGAAACGACCAGGGCUUCAAGAGGCUCCGCAGCGUCUGAGUUUUUGGAGCUUUCGCACGAGGAAAGCGCAGGGGAAAGCCAGGAGGAUCAAAGCCCUGCCCUGAAAGCUGAUCAGUCGGAGGAUGACCCAGGGCUUGACAUGGAAAACAUGGAAAAGUUCCUAAUGCUUCAAGAGGAAUUCAAGGACAUGAAGGAUGAAGACUACUACGCAUCCUGGGGAGGUGGCCUAGAGGAAACAGCGGAUCUCGAUGAAGUUGACAGUCCAGCCGUAGAAGACUUGCUGGAGCACGCGGAGAAUGCGCUAAACUAUAAGCGAAAGCGUCGAACGAGCAAAAAGGAGCUGGACCAGGAGAAACCUGGCUCUUCGCCCAAGGUGCCACCCAGCGCCCCGCCGGAUGCAUCCGGCGCUGGUACCAGCGAUGCGUCCGACGUGCUGUCGCCCAACCUGCCGUACGACGUGGCCGCCGAGCCGCUCAGCGGCGACGGGGCGAGCCGUCGUGGAGCUGGGGGUGGAGGUUCUUCGAACACAGAAGGCUCUUCAGAUGCAAAGCAAGCAGUUGGAAAGAGGGACGAGGACACUUGGACAGAAUCUGGCACCAGAGAUUUCAGAGACGCCCGUGCACCCAGGAAGAAUCUUCAACAGGAAGAGGAAGUCGAGGAUUCGGAGACGGUAAGUCGAAUCGUUCAAGCCCAAAGGCAGCAAAUAGCAUCCCCAAGACCAUAUUCCUUCACAAGGCUUGCGAGGUUUUGUGCGGCUCCAGUAACCACUGGGCAGAGUUCCUCCUUCGACAUCACCUUUACCAUGAGGGAUUUCACUCCCAUCUCUACUGGAGGUGGAGAGAGCAAUGCCCAAGUGGUUGGAAGAAAUGGAGAGAAGAUCGCGCAGCUUUCCUUGGAAAGUGAAGGCUAUCAGGUUCUGUGGCUGAAUGAAAAGGAGGAACUUGGUUUGCCGUUCGAUUUGCUAAUUCGGAAGACUGGUGACUUCUCGUCGCUUCUGGUGAAUGGAGCUGUCGACAAAUCACAAGUCGAAGAACUUGCCAGCAAAGUCGAAGAAGGACAAGUGGAGGAGUUUACUUUCGUGGAGGUAAAAUCCACUACGAAAGGCGAUAAAGGCGUCGAAAGAAGCAUCUUCGACGUUUCCAUCAAUGAAGUGGUAUCGAUGAAUAACUUAGGAGAACAUUUUUGGCUUCUGCGAACUCUCCGAGUUCCCACCGGCCUGGAGGAUGGCACUGAGACCAAGGUUCGCAUCUGGCCCAAUGCGGCUAAAGCAGUGAGAGAUGGCGAAGUGAAACUCCUCAUGGUGGGCUAACAGCUGAGGAGAAAUAUGAUUGGCGUAUAAAAAAGGUAGAGAUCAAUCAAAGCAAUGGCCAAGAAUGAUG